GCAGGGUGCGGUCUAGAGUGGCAGCCCUUGGAUCACUCAAACCCUUCAAGUUGCAGCGUAAAGGAAAGUACAGAGGCAGUGGAAGAGCGAAUCGCGUUGGGGACAUAAUCUCGAGAAACACCGCGGUAGAAGAGGCGCUCCGCACGGAUCACUGCCUGGCCGUCACCCCCCUCCCCUCUCUCCCUCUCUCUCUCUCUGUCUCUCUCUAACUGGAACUUCGACUUUGAACCUGUUUGUUUAAAUCCGCGGACUUUACAACUUCCUCCGCGGCUCCGUUGCUCCUGCUCUUACGCGCUUUCCACCAGAGCUAAAAAUGAGCUGAGCGCGUAAGAGCCGUGCGCCAUGCUGCCUCUAUCCCAACUCUGAAGCAUGUGAGCCGGCCUUGACAGUUCUGGGGAGGUCCUGCAGACAUCCACGCGUGUCGCUCCCCCCCGCCCCCACCACCGCCACAGAAACAAACUCCCUCCAUGCGGGUCUCGGCGCUCUUCCUCGGUGCGCUCCUCCUGUCGCUCGCACCUGCCGCCGAAAGCUGCGGUCCAGGGAGGGCGUACGGCAAGAGGCGGCCCCCCAAGAAGCUCAUCCCGCUGGCGUACAAGCAGUUCAGCCCCAACGUGGCGGAGAAGACCCUAGGGGCGAGCGGCAGACCGGAGGGCAAGAUCACGAGGAACUCCGAGCGGUUUAAGGAGCUGACGCCGAACUAUAACACGGACAUCAUCUUUAAAGACGAGGAGGACACGGGAGCGGACCGCCUCAUGACGCAGCGCUGUAAGGACAAGCUGAACUCCCUGGCUAUCUCCGUCAUGAACAUGUGGCCUGGAGUCAAACUGAGAGUGACUGAAGGCUGGGACGAAGAUGGACACCACUCUGAAGACUCCCUGCACUACGAGGGACGGGCUGUGGACAUCACCACCUCAGACAGGGACAGAAAUAAGUACGCCAUGUUGGCCCGUCUGGCGGUGGAGGCGGGGUUUGACUGGGUCUACUAUGAGUCCAAGGCCCACAUCCACUGCAGCGUUAAGUCAGAGAAUUCGGUGGCGGCUAAGACCGGCGGCUGUUUCCCCGGCGAAUCUCUGGUGUCCCUCAAGGAUGGUGGGACAAAGCGGAUGAGCGAUGUCCUCCCUGGAGACAUGGUCCUGUCCUCCUCCUUAGACGGGCUGGGUCCCCUCACCUACAGUCCUGUGCUGUCCUUCAUUGACCGUCAACCCCACGUCAACAAGACUUUCUAUGUCAUCAACACAAGUGACGGAGCUAGCAUCUCUCUCACAGCAGCGCACCUCAUUUUUGUGUCAGACUGCACACGUAACUCUCUAAGGACAGUAUUCGCCAGCGAUGUCAAACCCGGACAGUGUGUGGUGACAUCACGAGGGGGCGAGGGGACAAACAUGGCCGUCGUGUCCUCAGUGAAGGAGAGGAGGAGUCGCGGGUUGUUUGCCCCGCUAACACAGCACGGUUCCAUAGUGGUGGAUCACGUGUUAGCGUCAUGUUAUGCGGCGCUAAACAGACCAGGGCUUGCUCACUGGGUGCUAGCUCCACUCAGACUGCUCCACAGCCUCGUACCCCCUCCUCAGGCCUCAAUCGUCGGGGUGCACUGGUACCCCCGAGCGCUGCAGUGGUUGGGGAGGUACCUGCUGCCUGACGCACAGUUCCAUCCUUUGGGGUUCGACGUGUAAACUUUAGUGACUGGACACAGAAGGAGAAGUGCGUGCUUGUUUGACCUAUAGUCCAGGACAGGAUCAGUCAUUAUUGGACACUGUGUACAUUGCUGUCGUAUGUUCUUGAGGCACGCUCUUUAAUGUGAGACAGAGUAUAUGGACACGCACACCUGCCAUAUUUAUGGAUUCUCUGAUUGGUUGACUCUGCACCUAAGCUGUAGCCCCGCGGACCAGACUAUUGUGUUAUAGAAUAAAGGGAAAGCUGUAUGGUUUGCCAGGCUAUGAUUCUAUUAAUGGGGCCAUACCAUGCAUUUUAGACUUUCAAAACUGUCUAACCGUGUUGUAACGUUGCUCCUUCAUCAAAAACAUACCUGAAGUUGUAUUUUGGUUAAUUUCACAGGUUUCAGUAGUGCUCUAAGUCCUCCACCCUGAGUGCUUAGAAAUCUCUCUCUGUCAUUUUUUUAAACUUUUUAUACAAGAUCUUAAACCCAGAAGUCUCCUGCACAGUUUUUAAGUCCACAAACUAUCACCGGACCUGUUCUAUGCAUUUCUUAAGUCAAAUUCCCUUCGCUACAACUAUGUGCAUAUAGUAGCAUGCCGGUCACGUUGCUAAAAUGCUGCUUUUGUUUUCUUUUUUGUUUUUUCCAUGGCUUAUUCCCACUGUCAGUAGAUGGUAAGCUAAUGCUUUAACAGCGCUGCUCAUUCAAAAAACUUACAACUAAUGUAAAUGUAAAAAAUAAUGUACAAAAUGAUGAUGAAAGGACCAAAACCAAAACUUUGAAGAUAAUUUUUUAUUAAAUUUAAGUGUUACUGUUGUUCGUCGAUAGCCUACACAAUCAACAAAGCUGAUAGUUUUCCACAUCUCCUCAAUGAAGGAUCCUGUUAGUAUGAAUUGCUAAAUGAAAUGCUAAUGCAGUUUGGGCUAACACUGUGACAUUUUUGUAUACAUUAAAUGAACUGGCCAAUAUAAUUAUGGCAUCAGAAGUGCAGUUUUUUUUGUCCUCUUGUACAAAUUUGUAAAUGUAAGUUAUUUUUGUAUUUGAAGCCAAAAUGAAGUGUUUUGUGUUUGUUUUGAAUAUGUCACAGUCUGCAGUUAGAAAGCGUCGGAUGUAGUAACACGGCUGAUCUCGUCAUCUCUGUAACAACAUCUAGAAACCCACUUUUUCAAAACUGCCUUUCACGAAUUUCAUCUUUUGUUUUCUCUGUUUGUUCCUCAUUUUUCUUUUUGUUAAGGUCCUGGUUUCUAUUUUGACUUAGUACCUCGGUUUCAAUUGCGCAAUAAUCGACGGGACAGUUUAUAAAAAGCUUUAUAAAAAUAUAUAUAUACAUCUUUAAAGACACACUAUGUGACUUUUCUAAUGGUCUCAUUGCUUUGCCUGGAAUGUUACAUGGUGUAGCUUUUAACAUAUCUCCAUAACGGGUCCAAGUUCCAGGUCAUUUUCAAGCUAUAAAAACAUCUGUAAUAGUAAUAAAUGUAAGAUAGAACAUUCCUGGCAAAGUAGUAACAUCUCCAAGGAGACAAGAAAAGUUACCUAGUGCGCCUUUAAGCAGUAGUCGUGUUUUUGUGCAGUCAUAAAAUGGAUUCAAUGGAAAAAUGACAGUUUGUAUAAUAUUUUGACGUUCAUGUUAUGAUUUUCUGAUGUUCAGGUCUCACAUUUCAGGUUGUGGAACUACUGUGCGAAACAUAACACAUAUCAAAUAACUAAUUUCACUUUGUCAUUAAAAAAGAACAUAUUUAACAUGUAUUUAAUGAAAUCUGAGAAGGGAAUUUUCUGCAAACACAUUCAAUCAUGUGUCAUAUGUUUGUAUAUUAAGCUAUUG